AGUGUCUGAAAGCACAUAUGUGAUAGAGGAGCAAUGUCUGCAAGGGGAAAACUGAGAAGUAAAAAAUGAAGACAAACUACCUUGAAAUGGUCCCUGUGAUGUUGGCGGCUGUGAUCCUGAUGGAAACUUUUCAGGUUAAGGGUCAUAUGUUAAGCAUGUCUACCAAUACUUUUGAUGACCAGUACCUGAAGUGUGCUGAAAGAAUGGAGACCAAAUUUGUUCCCAAGUUGCUCAUUGAGGAAAAAAACAACCAUAAGCUCUUCCAUUCUGUGUGGACAGAAGCAACAUCCCAGUGGGAUUUAAAGAAGGCCCAGCUGUUGCUCCCUCCAGGCUUUCAGGACAACCAUGGCAUAGCACUCACGGCAUACGCUUCACAAGCUCAGAGGCAGACCCCCUUUUACCAAGAGUUCAGCUCUGCCGUAGAAAGAGCUGGAAGGUCUCGAGAUGAUUAUAUCUACAGCUUCCCGUUCAAAGCUUUACACUUCUAUCUGACGAGAGCCUUGCAGCUUUUGAGCAGAGAGUGUUCGCAGAGUUAUAGACAUCCAGUAUACGCCAAAAGCCUUUUAACUUCAUCUGGGCCCCCUGGACGUGAUGGGAUCAGGUUUGCUCAUUUUACCUCUUUCAGUGUCAAACCUGAGCCCGUAUCUGACUCAGAAACAUUGUUCACUGUCUACACGUGUUUUGGCAUUUCUACAGAAAUAGUUUCUGAUUCAGUAAAUGGAGGCAUCUUAAUACCUCUGAAUGAGGUUUUUCAACUGACCCAGGAAGGGAACAGAGCCAGCUUGGUCCUUAGAAGCAUGAACAAGACCUGCAGCUAUUUUGACUGUGCAUACCUUGGAGGCUUGAAAACAGAAAACUGUGUUGACAGCACUGGACAGCUGAAGUCCAGAUACACCAAUUUCCCUGGAUUGAAAUUCAAAGAAAAAGAAGAUGAGAUCACUGAAAUGAAGAACCAUAAGCCUCACGGUCCAGAAGAAAUGGAGGAAGAGCAGGAGCCUGUUGAAGACCCUGGUCAGAGAAGUCUAGACUAUUUCGACAAUCCUGCUCCCGCUCCCGUUCCGUUUCCCAGCCACCGCCCGACCGCGGCGUCAGCUCCCACCCCCUUUGGCGGGGGGCCUCUGCCCCUGUUGGGAGGCUUGUUCUUUUGCUCGGUGCUUUCGUUGUGAAGCUCUUUGCUCGUCUCUGAUCUGCACAGGCCCUUCGUUACUUAAAAUGCAUUGUUGUUCAUUAUUGACUACUUAAGGAAAUUGAAAGGCAUGUGAGUGAAAUUCUUCAUGUUUUCUACCGAUCAAACUCUGUGUAAUCCUCUGUGUAAAUAGAAGCCCACUAUGU